CGCGCCUCGUGAACGCGCAUCCUGACUCGUGUGCGUGGAAGUGGAUGAGAAACCUGCUGGAUUUGAUGAUUCUGGUUCUGAUGUAGUGGAACCCCCCUGCCACCUGGACAUUCAGGGACAGCCAGUGGGGGGAAAAACAUGGAUUCUCCCAAAGAGAUGCUUGCCGGUGUCCAUUGCUUCAAAUCGUAACAACAACAAAAUGACUUCCUAUGGCUCAGCCCUUAAUCGUAGCCAGUCGCUGGCUAGCGGCCUGGAGAAGUCAUCGCCCACGUGGACCAAAGGUCCGCACUCCCGGAGCAGUAGCACACUGUCAUCUCGACACUCGCGUCAGCUAGUUAAAGACUGGGAGGUUGUGGAUGAUGUCCAACUAGACGCCAACAUCGCCGGGGAACAUCCUCAGGAAAUGAACAUUCCAGGUGUCUGCGAAGGUUAUCUUCUCAAGAGGAGAAAAUGGCCGCUCAAAGGCUGGCACAAGCGAUACUUUGUCCUGGAGGGAGGAAUUUUACGUUACUGCAAAAAUCAACAAGAUGUGUCUAUAGGAAGAGUUCAAGGCUCUCUGGACAUAAGCAGUGCUGUCAUGUCUAUCAACAAGAAGUCCAAUAGGAUUGACUUGGACGCUGGGGACAUUCUGUAUCACAUGAAGGCAAAGAGCCAUGAGCUCUUCUACAUUUGGGUAACCAAGCUGCAGGCGCAUCGUUCCUACAAGAGGAGCGAAGCUGCGUUGGCACAUGCUGGCGUCCAAAACAACGGACACUUACUGACGCUAACGCCUGAUUCCGUCUUCCUCGGCGGACAGCCUAAGAGUUUCCCUCAGACCUCCUCCAAGGCCGCCGUCAACAGCAAAGUUACGGCGUGGCUGCAGCAGAGUCCGUCCCCUGACAACUGCGCUCAAGAAUUGAACCGUUGCAAUUUAGACCUUUCUGAACUCAACCGUCUGAUCCAGAGACUCCAGACACUAGAGGUGGGACAGACGUUCACAAACGGGGAACUGCAGCGUAUCAUCAGCACACAGAAUCUUUCGCUGGAGAAACCAAAGAAGCAAAAACCAGGAAAAGUUUGGGGUCACUCUCGCACCCUGUCAAGAGUGGAAGCGCUUGGAAUGCCUGUUCGUAGGAUGACCAAAUCGCUGUCCAGCCCUCUGAACAGCUCUUCCCACUUCGGAGCCUCCGUCCCAUCAAUCCCGGACUACGUGUACUCACAGCUGGCGCCACCCAAUGGCGCCACGUCAACUGAGGGCAAAAAAUUACAGCAGGACAUCUGUGCUGUUUCUCUGCGAGUUUUGGCUUCGCUUCAAACGGUCCACACUUCGUUGAGCCAAGAGAGGCAGAAGCUCCAGGAAGUCUGGGAAAAUAACAAUGUCCACCAGUCCCACACCGAAGAGGUGACAACAGGGACGCAUUCACCCCACAGGCCUCCUUCAGUAGCCGAAUCAGCGGCCGAGUAUUUCGACGCUAGCGAUGACUUCUUCCUCGGGAGCUCCUCCGAUGUUUCCGAUGAGUCUGGACUGAGCGACGGAAGCACAUCCAACUCGGAACCGGAGGAAGGACAUUUAUCUGCAACCCGAAAGUACCGUGCUAGCAUUUCUCGGACUCCUCACAGUGUCGCCCCAAAGAGCAGCGGACGAAGAACAACACUUCCCGCGUCGUGUCCUGACAACAGUCACGUGGGCCUUAUGGCCAUUCUCUACAAUAACAUUGGCAAAGACCUGGCUCGUGUGUCCAUGCCAGCUGCUCUCAAUGAGCCCGUCAACCUGUUGCAGCGACUUUGUGAGGAACUGGAGUAUAGCGAACUGCUCGACACCGCCGCCAACACUGCGGACCCUUACCAGAGGAUGGUCUACAUUGCCGCCUUCGCCAUCUCAGGCUAUUCAACCGCCACCUUCCGAAACCGUUAUAAGCCCUUCAACCCAGUCCUAGGAGAGACCUACGAGUGUGUUCGCGAGGACCGUGGAUUUCGUUUCAUUAGCGAGCAGGUGUGCCAUCAUCCUCCCAUAUCUGCUUGCCACGCAGAAUCAGAGAACUUCUCGUUCUGGCAAGAUCAAAGGUGGAAAAACAAGUUCUGGGGAAAGUCGCUUGAGAUUGUGCCGACUGGAAUGGUGAACGUCACGCUUCCUAGAUACGGCGAUCACUACGAGUGGAACAAAGUAGUGACGUGCAUCCACAACGUCCUGAGUCAGCAACGCUACCUGGAACAUUACGGGGAAGUCACCAUUCGCAAUCUGAAGAGCAACUCGUGUACAUGUAAAAUUACCUUCGUCAAGUCUCGCUAUUGGGGCUCGGAGGCCAACAAAAACGAGGUCCAGGGCACCGUGCUGGACCAGAGUGGUAGCAUCAUCCACCGCUUUGGAGGUCUGUGGCACGAGGGAAUCUUCUGUGACACCCUGCCGACCCCCAAAUGCAUCUGGAAGCCUAAUCCUCAACCCAAAGACCACCUCAUCUUCUAUGGCUUCUCCACCUUUGCUAUGGAGCUCAACCAGCUGACAGCAGACCUAAAACCUCUGCUGCCCCCUACUGACAGCCGCCUACGCCCUGACCAGAGGAUGCUAGAGGAAGGCCGAGUAGAGGAGACGGACAAAAAGAAAGACGAGAUCGAGGAACUACAGAGGGAGAGGAGGAAGGAACUCUCCAAGAAAGGAGAGGAACACACCCCGGUUUUCUUCAAAAAAGCCAAAGACGGUUGCGGACGCGACGUGUGGUUGACAAACGGGACUUACUGGAAACUCCGAGAGGAUCCCGGCUUUGCCAAGCUCCCGUGUUUAAAGCUGUGGUGACUUUGGUGCACAAAUAAACCAGAAAAAGCAUGUGUGAUCCGCUGUGGACUUCAGCGCUGAUGUGCGUGGUCUGCUGGAACACCAGAUUUUUUUUUUUUAACUUUUCAUUUUUUUAAGAAGAAUGUAAUCUUCACAGACCAUUUAAAACAUGUACAUGUAUACAAAUAUUUAACCCUUUAUAGGACAUUAAUUUUACUAUUAUGGAUUUUUUUUUUUAAAAUUAAUUAUCGGAAGCCAUAAGCAGUUUUUUUGUCAUGGGAAUGCCCCAAAAAUCAACAGGACAACAUUCUAUUUAUUUAUAAAUGUAUUUAUUAACAAAUAAUAUUUAAAAAUACAAUCAUGACUAAUAAUUAUAUAAUAAUAAUAAUAAUAUUAAAGUUAAAAUUUUCAAUUUCCUAAAAAUAGUCACUUGCCCUAUAGAGGGUUAAACAUUGACUUUUUAAUGUAUUGUGUACACAUAGGUUGGCCUCUGCAAGUUUUACUUUGGGCAGCCAAUCAGAAGACAGGAAAACAAUGAUGUCAACACAACCGAGCAAGCUGGUCUUGUGAGGACAAAUUAGAAAUCUUAUUGGUUCGUAUAGUUUCACAGAUUAUUAUUAGACUGACAUAGCAACAGGGUUGCUGAAAUCUGAUUGGAUAAAAGCAGUGCAGUCAAGCGAAAAGGGGAAAGUACUGUUUUGUUGUUGUUGUUGUUGUUUUCUUUAACCUUUAUUUGAAUUGAAAAUAAAAAAACAACUUUCAAUAAACAAUAACUAUAACUUUCCACUAUAAGAAAUCUCAAUUUAUAAACUGCCACUGAUGUUCAUUAGCUGUUAGUUCAUCUUUGAAUUACACUCAACAGGUAUUUAUUAAUUUUUAACCUUUAAAGGCCCCUCAUUUAAGUCAUUGGCUGCCGUUGACGGUGCUAGACGUCCUAUCCAUUUUGACUGGGAGGGGCAAAUGGGAGUCCAAAUGGAUUGGACGUCUAGCGCCGUCAAUGGCACUGGAACACAAUUCCUCUCAGGGGGAGGCCUCGUGUCUGCUCGGUCACUUUUCAAUUCUCGUUCACAGCGGUGACAACUGUCUUUUUAGCUCCAGGUGUGUGAGUGACCCACUUAUUCAGACCACAGAAGAAGAAGAGACUGCGACAUGCGACGUUCGUCUUUCCCACUGGCCCCGAACGCACCUUCCUGCCCCUCCUGUUGCUGUAGUAACUGUCACCAACCAUCAGUUCACCUCUAUGUUCACCUCUGUGUUCUCUCUUGGUUUGUCGCCACCUCCAAAUGUUCUGAUCGGUCGUUUCCUCGGGGUUUGAGGGGGAAAAUUUAGCGUGGAGUAGCCAUAGUAGCCUAUUUAUUUUAUUUCAUUUUUUUAAAUGGAUGACAAAAAAAUUGAUCAUUUGUUUGCUUUUGUCAUAAAUGUGUGUAAGGACAUUUAAAGCUCAGGUGAUGUCAUAAUUAAUUUUUCAUUUGUUUCAAACAAUAAAAUAAAUACAGAAAUAAAUAUAAUGAUUCAUCGUCAGCUGUUAUGUAUUUAAUAAUGUGUUAUUUAAAUAUCGCGGAAAACAGACAAGACUAAAAAAGUAGUUUCUGCUCUUGCACCCCUCUUUAAAAAAGAACUGUUGUGUUUGAUAGAACAAUAUGUUUAUAUGCUGCCAUAGCAGAUUCAUGGCGGAUUAAGUUCCCCAACUAUUUUUAAUUUGUCCGUUUUACCCUGGAAACCCCCGUUUACAGACGUCGCACAACCGCUUUUGUUUCAACCUAGCCAUAGAAAGAAUGUAAGUCAUCGUAUUUAUUAUUCGAAAUGUCUGUCAUUUUUAGCUUAGAAUCAUUAAUUGAUGUCUAAUAUUUAGUUUAAAAACAAAA